AUGCAGCAUUCAGCCAAGAAACCGAAAGUAGACGAGUUCAAAAGGCCUCUCUCCAUCGUGAAUGGCAACACUGGCGUUUCAACCGCAUUACCAACGAAAAAUUCUACCAUCGUCGGAGACGUGCGGUCUCAACUUGAGGAAGUCCAAGUUCAGAUCAGCAACCUGGAACGGCUGCACGGCAAUCUGUCUCGCAAGCGUAACAGGACCAACUCGGAUGUCACUAGGAUGGCGACAUUUGCAAGCGAGCUUUCAAACCUACAGGUGCUGAAAGAGGAGUACACUGCCGCUAUACCUUCGGCCACACUCGCUUCAGUCACGUCGACCCAGACCGAAUCGAAACCCUUCGUGGUGGGCAGACCUGUGUCUCAUCCCAUUGCAUCUGGUUCGAAUGUCCAGCUCCCUCCUCCAUUUGUCAUAGCAGAUAUGAAUCCUAUCAUUCUCAAUACGUUUACUCAGCCUGUUGCGUCUGGUUCGAGCAACCAGCUUCCGCCAUCUUACAGUGCUCGCUCGUUCGGAAGUUCGAUCGUAACUCCUUACGCAUUCGCGGAAGAAGAGAGGCUUGACAGUGCAGGAACAUAUCCGAACGAGCCGUUGUACUUCGAUUUCGAAGUUUCUAAGGCAUUACCCAAUUUCAAUGAGGACGACCGAUAUGACGAGGACGGCAAUUUUUACGGCCGUGGGCGUGACAACUUCGCUGGUCCAGUCGCCAAGGCAGACGAUAUUGACAAAUUUCUCGUGUCGGCUGGCAAUGCCGAACAGUUUGACGGUAAUGCCAACGUUGACCAGGCUCUUGAGAAGCUUGGCCUCGAUGGCCAAUACAAGCCUCUGCCAGGAAUGCAGGUUGCGUUGAUGCCCCACCAGACGAUCGGCGUUGCCUGGAUGCUCGAUAAAGAGAAGAGCUCCGACAAAGGUGGCUGCAUGAGCGAUGAGAUGGGCUUGGGAAAGACUGUGCAAAUGAUCGCCGUGAUGGUGUCGAACAGUUCCCAAGAUCCGUUGUGCAAGACAAAUUUGAUUGUCGCACCUGUUGCUCUCCUCGACCAAUGGCAGCUCGAGAUUGAGAUGAAGACGGACUGCAAUUUGAAGUGUCUGAUUUACCAUGGAUCGAAUAAACCUAAGAACAAGAGAGACCUCAUGCAAUACGACAUUGUCUUGACCACAUAUCAGACUCUGGCGCUUGAGUGGCCUGACGACGAGGCCGAGGAGAGGGAAGCUAAGCGCAAGGCUAAGAAAAAGCGAACGAGUGACAACUUUAUCGAAUCCGUCUCGGAAGACGAGAAGUCGAAGAAAAAGAAAAAACAGGAACCAGUAGGCUUGCUUUUCCAGGUAGAGUGGUAUCGCGUCGUCUUAGAUGAAGCGCAAAACAUCAGAAACAAAAGAACCAGAGGUUCUCGUGCCGUGACCAAGCUAGAGUCGAACUAUAGAUGGUGCCUUACAGGAACCCCAAUUAUCAAUGGCCUGUCGGAUGCAUACGGUUUGCUUAGAUUCCUGCGCAUCCGCCCCUGGUAUGAUUGGAACGAUUUCAACGGUCAUAUCUCCAGAUUCGAGCGGAAACAACCCGUUCUUGCCACCUCCCGUUUGCAGGCGAUCUUUGCGACCAUGCUGCUGCGCAGAAAGAAGGAUUCGAUGUUGGACGGGAAGCGCUUGAUUGAGCUGCCGCUUAAGGAGGUCAUCUUGACUAAACUUACGUUCACCCUCGAGGAGCGCGACAUUUACAAGAUGGUUGAAUUGAAAUCACAGGCCAUUUUCAACAGAUUCUUGAAGGCCGGAACGGUGCUCAAGUUUCUUGUUCUCCUGCUUCGCUUGCGUCAGGUUUGCUCGCAUCCGUGCCUAAUUCAAGAGCACAAUGCAGCCUUCAUCGCUGCCGCCGAUCUCAAUGACGGCAAUCAUGACAAACGUUAUGAGCUCAGUCGUGCUCGCCAGUUAGUAUCCGACGAAUUCGUGGAGUCUAUACAAACGAAGAUGAAGAACAUCGCCCUACAGAGGAUUGAAGCCGAGAAGGAGUCCCCUGACGCGACUAUUGACGACGAAGAGUGCCCCAUCUGCUACGACACAUUCACUGACCCGAUUGUUACGCCUUGUGCGCACAUUUUCUGCAGGGAGUGCAUCAACAACGUCUUCAACACCGAGCCUGUUGAGAACGGUGGCGAGCAAGCACGGUACAAGUUUGACGAACGACCGUGCCCUGCGUGCCGUGGCGUUCUUGUGAAACACAAGCUCUUUUCACGAAGUGCGUUCGAACCGAGUGACAAGGACCUGGGGACAGCGGAUGGGGCAGAUGGAAGUAUCGAAGGCGGCGCCUCGGCAGUUCUGGUCGACGAUUUCGCAGAGGUCGAGCAUCCGAAGCCGGGUAGUACUUUCCGGAAGCGCAAGCUGCAGAAGAAGAGUGCGUACGACUCUGAUGAGGAGGAAGAGGGGGAUGACGACCUGAGCGACUUCGUUGUAGAAGACGACGAAGAUGAGGAAGAGAAGGACGCCUGUCUCGCUCUCAGGAAGCGUUUGGGCAAGCGUCGUGCGAUUAUUCUCUCUGACGAUGAGAUGGACAUCGACGAUGAUGUUAUCUGUGGCGCCAAGCCCGACGUUGAGAUUCCUCCAGAGCAAGUCAAGCUAAUGCCGCGGUUUUUGCCUUCCACCAAGAUGAAACAUAUGAUGGAAUUCCUGAAGGCUUGGGCGGAAUCGAACCCAGACGAGAAGACCCUUGUCAUAUCCCAGUGGACUCAGUGCUUGCAGCUUGUCUCGGAUUACUUGACUGAGAAUGGUUUCCUGCACGUCAAGUAUCAGGGUGAUAUGAACCGUCGCAAGCGGGACCAGGCUAUACGCGUGUUCAUGGCGAAGGACAAGGCCACUAUUAUGCUAAUGAGCCUGAAAUGCGGUGGUGUCGGUCUUAACCUUACACGGGCCAAUCGCGUGAUCUCGCUUGAUCUCGGAUGGAGCGAAGCUGUGGAGAGUCAAGCAUUCGAUCGAGUCCAUCGUCUCGGUCAAACUCGUCCCGUUUAUGUCCACCGUCUCGUCAUUGCAGAUACUGUUGAAGACCGCGUGCUCGCCCUGCAAGAACGCAAGAAGAACCUUGCUGACGGGAGUCUUGGCGAGGGUAAUGGGAAGAAGCUCGGACGCCUGAGCGUCCGAGAAUUGGCUAAUUGUAUGUCAAUGAUUUCCACCUUCAUGAGCCUUUGCUAA